GAUGUUUUCCAAUGGCGUUGUGAUCACUGGUGGUACCUUCAUUCAAGACAACAGUUCAACUCGACCAGGAAAAGGGUUUAAGUUUCUCAAGGAAGCUGUAGCUUCCAGCGCAUUCUACGAUUCAGGAGAGAGAUUUGACCCGCCGAAAUGCCAUCCCAAUACAAGGGUAGCCGUCAUCGAACGUAUCAUGGACUGGAUCAGUGGAAAGACCGAUACGGACACGCUCAUCCUGUGGCUGUAUGGCCCAGCAGGAGCCGGAAAAUCGGCCAUUGCGCAGACUAUCGCGGAGUUGUGCCACGAACAAUGCUUGCUCCUGGCCACCUUUUUCUUUUCGCGCACAGAUCCCUCCAGGAACAACAUCAAGAAUCUCGUAUCUACCCUUACAUAUGCAUUGGUGUCGUCAAUUCCUCCGACCAAGCCACUCAUUGACCAAGUCAUCGAGGGGGAUCCCUUGAUUUUCAAGCGGUCUCUAGAGACGCAAUUCACAAAGCUUGUUCUGGAGCCCCUCGGGCUUCUGUUCGAAUCUGGCCUCUUCAAGCAAAUCAACUUUCCUCCGGUCGUCAUCGUUGACGGUUUAGAUGAAUGUGUCGACCAAGCUGCACAGCGAGCGACUGUAGAAGCAUUUGCCAGAACAACAAGACGGAGUGGCCUGCCACUGAGAUUCCUCAUUGCCAGUCGUCCAGAGCAAAUCAUAAUAUCGACCUUCAAAUCAUCGUCUGUGCAGGCGCUCGCGUAUCACUUGCCAUUGACCAGUGAGUAUCAGCCAGAUGAAGAUAUUCGUACCUUCCUCCUCGACAAAUUCGAAGAGAUCAAAAGAACCCAUCCUCUUGGUACUUCUAUCCAUCCGUCCUGGCCAUCCUAUGGCGAGGUAUUUCAGCUUAUCACUAAAUCGUCAGGGCAGUUCAUCUAUGCCUCGAUCGUGAUACGUUUUAUCUCUUCUCUCCGACAUCAUCCAUGCGAGCGCCUUAAAAUCGUCCUCGGUCUUCGUCCUCCACGACGUGACCUGCCUUUUGUCGAACUUGAUGCUCUGUACACGCAAAUUCUAUCUUCUUCAGAAGACGUCGAAUUACUGCUGAAGAUUCUGAGUGUCGCAAUCGUUCUAACAGGCAUGCCCGGCGAGACUUACCAGCUUCGACCACCCAGGCUAGAAAAAAUCCUUCAACUAGAAGAGGGAUCUCUUCAAUUACUCUUAGGUGACAUCAACUCACUUGUGGAAUUGGACGACUUUGAGACAAAGAUCACAUUCCACCAUGCAUCCUUUCCUGAUUUCCUCUCUGACCGGCACCGGUCUCAGAACCUCUACACUGAUCCUUCCUUAGCUCAUGCUGAGCUGGCCCGCUGGUCCCUUCGUGCUUGGAAGGACCCGGGUGAUGUCAACCAAGAUGAAAUUUUACAUAUCGUAGAUUAUUUCCACACCUACUGUCAGUUCGCAGCUGCAACACCUGAACUUAUACAAGACUUGUGGGACCUUCCUGCACACGGUUGGAUAACAUCAAUGGCCAAGCUUGACUCGCAGAUGAGUUUGCACCCGCUAUGGCAUCUUUCUCCACCCACGAGCAAGUUUUCUUUUGCGUAUCUAUUUAUAUCUGGGGUGCGAAAAACGGUGUUCUCGGAAACCAACCAACUUUACGACCACCACUUGGCUUUGGUAGACGAAUACAUGAACAAUCUAGUUCAAGACUCUGUUGGUCUCAACAGUCUCGCUUUGUUCCUUCUGCUGGGGACUGGAAGGUUGAACGCCUCAUCUGACUGGCAUGGCAAAACUUUAAGGCGCAACCGCGAUCAUGUUUUCAGCGAGCAGUUGGUGACUCUAACCUACAACGGUAAAGCAGAUACCUUUCAGGACGCACUUAUGCGGAUAUUCCUCAUACCUCAAGAUGACCUACUCUGGGAACGAAAAACAAUAAACAUGCUUCAAUCGCGCUUUUCCAAGUACUGGAACGCUGGAAUCUCCGUUUCAGGCCCAGUACACACUCCUCCCGCCAGGUAUGAGGAAUUCCUCUUCGACUUCUUCAACGACGCACGACAACCCGAGAAAAUUCGCUUUGACAACGGCUGGUACAUCCAAUUGGCUAUGAUUUGCAUACAAUACCUCUCCUGCUGUUCCGCUAGUCAAAACCCUGGUCAGCGCCGACGGCCAUUUUCACCCUGGAUACGAAGAUCAAGAAACACGCCGUGGGUCUGGCGGAGACUGAAGAGAAGCCCAGGUAUUAUCUCCUGGGUGCGAAGGGAAUGGCGCAGGUGGCGUACGAUUGGUGUUAGACGUUGCGCAAUCGCCUGGGAUGGGUCGACGCUAUUCGGUGGCAUCUCCGUCGACGACGCGAACUGGGAGGUAUAUCUGCCCCUCAAACAUCAGCGAGCAGAUUCGGCGGACCGCAGGUCACUUCCUCUUCGCACCUUUGCUCUUGCUUUGCAUUUACUCCCACAAUUGCUCACAAAAUCGCACAAGUCAGAGGAGCUUGCAAACGAGCUCUCCAGAGUCAUAUUCCAUCCUACAAGUGUCUUUUUCUUCCACCGGACUAAACGCGCCAAGGAAGCUAUCAAGGACUACCUCCAACGAGGGGAUGAAUG